GAUCAUUUGGUCGCAGAAGGGUACAGAAUCUAAUUAUGAAAUUCAUCACAGUAUUUCUUCUGUCUCUGGAGUACCUUACCUUUGGUGGUGUUGUAAGAUGUUCUGACUUGAAGCUAGUGAAUAAUGGUUAUGAUAAUGUUGUCAUUGCUAUUCACCCAAAGCUUCCAGAAGAUGAAAACCUCAUUACAAAAAUCAAGGACAUGGUGACGUCUGCCUCAUUCUUCCUGUACAAUGCCACCAAACAACGAGCUUAUUUUCGAGGUGUGAAAAUUCUAAUACCCAUCACAUGGACAACAUAUAAAGGCCUUCAAAGACCAACCACGCAAUCCUACGAGAAGGCUGACGUGAUCAUUGCUGAUUCACAUGUGAAGUUUGGUGAUGACCCAUACACUCUCCAGUACGACAGGUGUGGUGAACGGGGCCGGUACAUUCACUUCACCCCGAACUUCAUGCUGAACGACGGUGUGAUCGAUGUUUAUGGCUCACGAGAUCGGGUAUUUGUCCAUGAAUGGGCUCAUCUACAGUGGGGCGUGUUUGAUGAAUACAACGAUUUGGUGCCGUUUUAUUUCUCUAACGGUGAAAUCCUGGCCACGGGGUGUUCAAAAGAGAUAAAGGGAAAGCAUGCUGAAUGCAGGGGAGGAUCCUGUGAUUCCUGCGGGAUUAAUAGCAACACAGGACUCCCAAACAGAGAUUGUAUGUUUUUUCCGGACAAAACGCAAACGACAGCGGCUUCAAUAAUGUAUCUCCAAGGAUUGAAAGAUGUGGUUGAAUUCUGUGAUAACAAGACUCACAAUGCUAAAGCACCCAACAUGCAGAACAAAAUGUGCAAUUACAGGAGCACUUGGGACGUGAUCAGCAAGUCAGAUGAUUUCAAGAAUAACCCUCCGGCUAACAUUCCAUCCCUUGUGCCGAUAAUAACUCUACUAUAUGUCAAGGACCGAGUGCUGUGCUUAGUUCUCGAUGACUCUGGUAGCAUGGGCAACGGAAAUCGUAUUGCUAGGCUCCGACAAGCAGCGUCGAUAUUCCUGCUGCAGAUCAUUGAGGAAGGGUCCCAGGUUGGCAUCGUAACUUUUAAUAGCGUGGCAACUAUUAAAACACAGCUGAAAACAGUUGAUAGUGAAGCGGUUCGGAAGGAACUGAUAGGCUUCCUGCCUCCAAGCGCAUAUGGUGGAACAAAUAUUUGUGCAGGGGUUCGAUCUGCUUUCCAGGUCCUUCGCGGAGAUGACAAAGCUACAAAUGGCGAUGAAAUAGUUGUGCUGACCGAUGGGGAGGACUAUUCUAUAAACACUUGCUUCAACGAAGUGAAACAAAGUGGAGCUAUUGUCCACACCAUCGCAUUGGGACCAAGCGCAGCCAAAGAACUGGGAGAACUAUCAAUUAUGACAGAUGGCUUACAGUUUUCGGCCACAGAUAACGUGGAUGAAAAUGGACUAGUUGAAGCAUUCACCGGAUUAGUAUCAGGCAAUGGUGACAUUAACCAGCAGUCAAUCCAGCUUGAAAGUUCUGGAAAGCUCAUCAGCAGUAAUAGUUGGUUAAACGGUACAGUUUUCAUUGAUAAAACCGUUGGGAACGACACGUUCUUUGUAAUGACGUGGGUGGGAGGUACACCAUCCAUCUUAGUUCGUGAUCCUCGGGGAAAGAUCUACAAUGAUACAAGCUUUGACAUAGACAACGGUUUGAAUACAGGACGACUUGCUAUUCCUGGCACUGCAGAGACAGGAUCAUGGAGAUACUCGAUGAAGAAUGUGGAUUCUGCUAAGCAGGUUCUGAGCAUCACUGUGAUGUCCCGCGCAGCGGAUGCUGGUGUUCCACCUGUCACUGUCAAUGCUCACAUCAAUCAGGAUACAUCAACGUAUCCGAGCCCCCUGGUCAUUUUCGCAGAGGUCAGUCACGGCUUUCUGCCAGUCAUUGACGCUAAAGUGUCAGCCACAGUGGAGCGGGCAGCUGGCAAGUCUAUCAUCGUUGACCUUCUGGACAAUGGCGCAGAUCCUGACGCGGUUGAAAACGAUGGCAUUUAUUCUAGAUACUUUUUUAAUUUUGAUGGAAAUGGACGGUACAGCUUCAAAAUAAAUGUUCAAGGAGAAGAUGGAGUGACAAGAUUAUCGGCCAGAAGGCAUGGUCGUGCCCUGUACAUCCCUGGAUAUGUGCAGAAUGGACAAAUUCAACAAAACCCAUCUCGGCCACCGUCCAUUGGUGACAACACUCAGAAACUGGGAAGUUUUCAGAGAGUUAAAUCAGGUGGCACCUGUUUAGUAAGUAAUGUACCUACAGGAUCUAUUCCUGACGUGUUCCCCCCGAGUAAAAUCAUGGAUCUUAAAGCAACAAUAGUCCACGAUAACAUACAACUGAACUGGACAGCGCCAGGAGACGAUCUGGAUCAAGGAAAUGCAUCCCAUUAUGAAAUAAGGAUGAGCAACAACUUCACACAGCUGAAAAAUCAUUUUCAAUCGACUCACAAGAUUAAUACCACUGGGUUGAAUCCUCAGACUGCAAGCUCCAAGGAAUCGUUUUUAAUCUCUGAGAAUAUUCAAUUGCAAAACGAGACUGAAAUCUACUUUGGUAUCAUUACAUUUGAUAAGGCAAAUCAACCUUCAGCGUUGUCGAAUAUAGCACCGGCUGCCUUGGUAAUGGCGAAUCCAGUUCCACCUACGUCGACCAGCCCACCAAACCAGUCGACCAGCCCACCAAACCAGUCGACCAGCCCACCAAACCAGUCGCAGCCACCGACAACAGCUCAUUCACCUCGUCGAACCACAUCCGUGCACCCUGGCUCAUCCGUGCACCCUGGCUCAUCCGUGCACCCUGGCUCAUCCGUGCACCCUGGCUCAUCCGUGCACCCUGGCUCAUCGUCCCAACCUAAUAACUCUCUGGUGACUGAUGUUACAGCAAUUGUUCUGGUAGUUUGUUGUCUUGUUGUUGUCGUAACUCUGAUCAUUGCCAUAACCGUGUGCAUUGUGGCUACCAGAGCUCGUAAGAGAGUCUCACCCAGUUAAGACACUUGCCAUCAGUAAAUGCAUAAGUUCCAGGAGCAUAAUUACACCAUUCAGCCCAUCAAGUCUACUCCGCCAUUCAGUCAUGGCUGACCUAUCUUGCACUCUCAAUCCCAUUCUUCUCCCCACCUCCCCAUAAAUUAGAAUUGGUCGUCCUUGACUUCAUUUUAAGUAUUCAUCACAAGCAACAAAAAUCGAUUGUUCAUUUUAUUAUUUUACAACAUUUCUCAAUAGUUAGUUUCUCAAUAAAUGAUUGUUUUUCUCAAUAAAUCUCCAACUAGUUUGAGCAGAGACGACAACAUCAAAAGCCUUCAAGCCAAUUUGUAUUAAAUAAGUAUUUUGAAGGUUUGUUAGAAUAGCCCUAAUUUUUCUAUGUGACUCCAAUUUUCUUUUGUGUUUUGGGCUGACAUUUUACAACAACUGAUUCCUUAAAUUGGGUACAAACUAUGUGUCCUAGAAUUUUCCUUGUAACACCGGGUUUAAGCCAUUACCUGCAGUUUUGGGACCCUGAUUUGAGAACUAUAUUCUGCACUCUGUGAACAAUUCUGAGUUAAUUGCAAAAUUGGCAAUUGAUAAUAAAUGCGCAUCAUCAGAAUGUCUGUAUUGAUAUAGUCCUGCUAUCAGUAUACCAAUGCUAUGUGGUAAACGGUGUAUGAAAUGAUCAUAAACGGACACAAAAUGUUGGAGUAACUCAGUUGGUC